AUGUCUAUUUCAAUGCCAAAAAAACCAAUAUUACAGCCAACAAAGUAUCCUGAGGAACAAAAAAGUGAUAAUGUGAAUAACAAUGUUUCUCCAGAUAUCCUCACCAAUAACGAAAGGAGCACUAUUAAUACUUUUGUUGCUAAUUCUCCUACUAGUAUUGCUGCUAAUCUCUCCACUACUGUAUCUACUGGUGAAGAGGCUAUUAACAACAACCACAAUAAUAUAGAAAACAAUAUGACUCCUUAUUUUAAAUCUAUCUAUCAAAGCUACUUUCCAGUUUCUUUGAAAAGUUUUUCAAUAAAUAACACUGAGAUUAAUAAUAACAAUGAAAAUCAUAAACCUUUUAGUUGUUCAAUAAACCAUAAAUUAGAGGAAUCACAAUAUUUAAAUGAUUUAGACGAAUCUACCUUUACACAUGGUUCUCCAUCAUUGUAUCCCAACUUUUAUACCAAAUCAGUAGAUGUUAAUAACAUAGAUCUGUUUAAUAAUAAACCUUUUUUUAAUGCUAUUGCUGCUUCUACUACUUUUACUGAUGUUACUAAUAAGCUUGGCCCUAAUAGUGAUCAUAAACACCAAUAUGUCGGCUAUUACAAUUAUGAGGAAGAAAAGGGGAGGAAAGAAGAAGGGGCAAAAGAAAGUGGUGGAACAGAUGGCACAUCUAUUAAUUCUUCCCCAUUAUUUCAUAAUAACGUUAUUAACCCAAUGACAAACAUAACUUUCCCAGAUACUAACGAGUCUGAUCCGAACUGUAUUGAUAAAAUAGUUUCUGCUUCUGAUAAUAGUAUAUGUAAGAAGGAACAUGCAAACGACUUGCUACCUUUUUUUAAGUUUUAUGGAGAAAAUAAUAAUAGCGGCAUAGGUAUGCAGAUUGCAACCAAUACGAUUAAUCGAAAAGAAAAUAUUUUAGAUUAUCAAAACUAUGGCAGUAAUAACAGUGUUUAUUUUCAUGGUUACCACGAUAGAGUGAAUUAUACACAGAGUUGUUCAAGCUUAAACACAAGCAGUGGUAUUAAUGCCUGUAAUGAUGCCAAUAUUGCUUAUAAAAAAAGAAAAUCGUUUUCUUCUGCUUCCAGUACAACAAGUAGCAAAAAUAUAUGGAAUGCUGAAGUAUGUAAAGCUUUUGAAGAAGCUUUAGGAUUGAUACCUAAGGACGAUUACAGCAGGAUAAAUGUUUACAAUAAAAUGUAUGGACGUAAUGAGCUAAUUGCAAUUUACAUAAAAUAUAAAACAAAUGAGUCACGUUCGGUUAAACAAGUCUCGUCGCAUUUGCAAGUUUUGAAGAGGAGAUUAAUAAGGAAGAUCCAGGAAUUUACCUCGAUCAAAGAGGAGAGUUGUGUUGAUCGUAAUAGUAGUGAGCUAUUAAAGCAACAGAUUGAAAGCGAUAUUAACUUGUUGCAAUUGAUUAAUAAGGGGAUAAAAAAGAAUGAAAAAAAUAUGAGCAUAUUUAAAGGUAAAUUUGAACCAAUAGUUAAAUAUGUGGAAUCAAAUGGUGAUGAUAUUGGUAACACUAGUGAUUGA